AUGCACGCCGCGACGACCUCUUCCGUCGGCGUCGGCCUCUCCUCGAGGACGCCGUCCGCGCGCGCGCUCGCGCCGCGCCGCGUCGCGUCCGCGACGACGACGACGAAGACGACGACGACGAAGACGACGAUCGCGCUGUUCGGAGCGAAGAAGACGUCGACGACGAAGACGUCUCCUAAUAAGAAUAAGAAGACGUCUCCGCCGAAGAAGAAGACUCCGUCGUCCUCCUCCGUCAAGAACGCCGGCGUGAACCUCAUCAACCCGAAGCCGCUGUACGCGAAAGGCGAGGAGCCGUGGUACAUCGACAAGGAGACCGGGAAGGCGCCGGGGUACCUUCAGGUCGCGGUCUUCAUGGCGAGCCAGCUGUUCGUGGGCGUCGUGAUGCAGCCGUUCGCGCUGUGGUACGACCAGCUGUUCUCGCCGUUCCUGAGGAACGGCCAGACGUUGCCCACGGACUUCAUAAACUGA